CGAGAAGCGCCUGCGAGGAGAGGCGGAUUUUGGAUAUUCCUGCUUUUGUUCUUCUUGGUUUGUCCUUCAAAAAUGAGAUCAAGCAAAGUGGGAGAAAAAGUAAAAGGCUAAAGCAUUAGUGAUGUUCCUUUGAAGCUCUUUUAAUAAGAAAUAAAGCAAUCCACAAAUGUUUUCUUUGUAAGAGCAGACUAGAGAUAUAUAAACUCUGCACCUUUUGAAAAUGGAGCAACCUUCGGUCAGUUUGUGGGUGAAGAUGGAGCCUUUCAUAGUGGGAGCAUUGCAAAUCCCUCCUCCUUCCAAGUUUAGCAUGCAUUACCUUCGGAAAAUGUCAACCUAUGUCAGAAUGCGCUCUGGUAAAGGCUAUUAUCCGUACCUUACCUGGUCUAUGUGGCGACACAUUGCUUGUGGAAAACUACAGUUAGAGAAAGACCUGGCAUGGCUUUACUUUGAGUUGUUUGACAGUCUUGUUGAGCAGACUUCGGAGGAGCGACUGGAAUGGGCAGAAGUGAUAUCUAGCUGCACAACUGAGGAAGAGACAGAGAAGCAAAGAAAUCGGUUAUCUGUGGAUACGCUUCAGUUCCUGCUGUUCCUUUAUAUUCAGCAAUUAAACAAGGUUUCUUUGAGGACAUCCCUUCUUGGAGAGGAGUGGCCAAACCCUAAGUCUAAGUCUCACAGUGGGCUAAAAGAAUCUGCCAAUCAGGUUAAGAAUUGGAAUGACAGCUACCACCAUGACUUUAUCGAAAACCAUCUCCAGGAUCUUCUGGAAUUGUUACUGGACCCAGAUCAGCUCAGUGCCUCCUCUCAUUCUACGCACAGUAGCCUGCUAUCACCCAAAGCUGUUCAAGCUCUUAGUUUCCUUAUCGAAGGAAGUGUGGAUCAAAAUAGGACUGUUCACCCUCUUCAUGAACUUGCACUUUGGCAGCCAUUGCAUGCCAAGAGUGGCUUCUCAAAACUUUCUAAAGCCUUCUCCUGUGCCAGAUUCGAAUCAUGGAUGAGGACUUGUCUGACUGGGAACCCAUUUGGGGCAAUAGCCUGCCUCACAUCUGGAAGAAAGCUUGCAUGGGCACAACAAGUUGAAGGAACAACUAAACGAGCUAAAAUAGCCUGUAAUGCUCUCAUAGUCCCUUCAGUUCAUCGUUUGAUUAUGAUGAGCCAGGUUUACAAGCAAACAUUAGCAAAGAGCUCUGUUACGCUAGAAGAUACUCAUGUGAAGAUUCAUCGAUGCUGUGAAUCUUUUAUCUAUUUACUAUCUCCACUGAGGUCUGUAACCAUAGAAAAAUGCAGGAAUAGCACCUUUGUCCUAGGUCCAGUGCAAACUGUAGUACAUCUCCAUAGUUGUGACAAUGUCAGACUUGUUGCUGUUUGCCAUCAUCUGUCUCUGUCAUCUACGACUGGUUGCACCUUGCAUGUUCUCACUCCAACUAGACCUCUUAUAUUAUUGGGUAACCAAGCAAUAACUUUUGCUCCUUUCCAUACCCAUUAUCCAAUGCUUGAGGAUCACAUGGGCAGAACUGGCCUUGCUACUGUGCCUAACAACUGGGAUAAUCCAAUGAUAGUAUGUAAAGAAAAUUGUGAUAAAGAGGUAUUCAGACUUCUCCCACCUUCAGAAUUUUACCCCUUUGUUGUUCCAUUUGAAAUGGAGGGAGACACAACAGAAAUACCUGGUGGUCUGCCACCUGCAUAUCAGAAAGCACUGAGCCAACGAGAACAGAGGAUACGAAUCUGGCAGAAAACAGUGAAGGAAACAGGGCUGACCAAGAAUCAGAAGAAGACAUUCCAGAUGUUAGUGGAGAACAAAUUCUAUGAAUGGCUAGUCCACACAGGGAGCCGUCAACAGCUUGAUAGCUUGGUACUUCCUGCUGCAGGAUCUAAACAGGCAGCAGGAUAGGAGAACUCUCAAAGCAAACAAAUCAUCAGUUCUGGAGAUGCACUGUGCCAAGUGAAAAGUAUUUCCAUCAAAAUAGACUGGGGCCAACUUGAAGUUUAGAAACAUAAAUUUACUUAAUGGCAUUAUCAAGAAGGAAAUGGACUUUACUGCAUAUUUCAAGCUAUAUGAUAUCAUCAGUUACUCUGGAUCUUUAUAGGAGGAUCUUGCUAUUAACACUUCAUUGUAUAUUUGAGAACAAAAUGUAGAUUCCUAGCAUACUUAAAUGUGCAGGAAAAGGUGUUACUUUCUUGAUGUAAAGAUAGUGGUAGUGGUCUGACUGCUGGGCGAAUGAUUUUUCUGUUAUUAAUUAAAUAUUGCUUAUAUUAAUGUUUCUAGACAGAAUUUAUAUCAGUUGUUUAGCACUUAUAGUAUG